AAGUGUGAUACUUUUAAAUGUGGUGGAUGUGCUAAUACCAUAUUAAUUGAAGGAAACCAUAUUCUUAGAAUAACAAGAGAGCAUAAUCAUGCUGCUAAGACGACAGAACAAACCCUUAGUCCACCAUCACAAAUUAUUCAAUCAGUUAUUGCAAAUAAUCCCUCAGACAUUUACCCAUAUGUUUCAUCUUACGAUUCACUCUAUAACCUUAUCAUUCCUGAUAAUCUAAAAACUACUUUAGAUGGCACACCUUUCUUAGUUAAAGAUUCCACUGUUGGUGAUCAAAGAAUUUUACUUUUUACUACAGUUUCAAACAUUCAGUAUUUAAGUCAAUCCUUAAUUUGGUUAAUGGAUAGAACUUUUGAUGUACCAACCAUUUUUCAACAAUUAUAUACUAUUCAUGGGUUUGUCAGGGGAGAUGAUAAUUCCAGGGUUUUACCUCUUGUAUAUGCUUUGAUGUCUAAGCCAGAAUUCGUUUUAACAGAUUUUGAGCUUGCGGCUACAAAUGCAUUCCAAGCAGAGUUUAUUUCUACUCAAAGCAAGGGGUGUUUUUUUCAUUUGUCUCAGAAUGUAUAUAGAAAAGUUCGAGAUGCUCGUCUAGCUACUCAAUAUGGGACUAAUGAAAGUUUUAGUAUAAAAAUUUGUCAAAUUCCUGCACUUGCUUUCCUUUCUUCAAGUGAAAUCCCUGGUGCCUUUAAUGAGUUAAAAGGCCAAAUUCCAGAGGAAGCAGAUUCAAUUGUCAAGUGGUUUGAAAAAAUCUAUAUUUGCCGCCAAUCAGUUUACGAAAAUAAUGAAUAUGAUUUUCCCAGAACAAAUAAUUCUGUUGAGACCUGGCAUAGAAGAUGGGAAACUCUAAUUGGCUCAAGUAAUUUGAAUAUCUUUAGAUUUAUAAAAGAGAUUCAAAAAGAACAAAAUCGAGUUCAACUUGAUAUCACAGCUAUUUUGCAAGGGGCACCAAGACCUACUCAAGAAAGACUAAAUAAUGCAUGUGAAUUACGAAUUAGAACAGUCUUAGAUGAUCAUAGUAGUAGACCAUUAAUAACCUUUUUAGAGGGAAUUGCUCACAAUCUUUCAUUAUAG